CUGUUGAGGAUAAGAAAACAGCCCUUCUCGGCUUCGCUCUACUGUUUAUCCUCUCUGUUGCUGAAGUUCCGUUUCUCACAAAUGAAGGAUUGAUUAGUAUCCUCUAACCCCAAUUCCUAAUCCAAAAUAUUUGAAAAGGAAAAAUAUGCCAAUCGCAGCUGUUUCACCACUGAGCCAUUGCUAUUGCACUACAUCACUUGUUAAAACCAGAAUCCCCAACCCCACCUUAAAAUGCAAUUUCCUCUCCCCCAUUACCCGGAACCCACUUCGUUCCCACACCAAAACCCCUCUAACUCUCACCACCUGCCCUGGCAGAAGUAAGAAAUUUAACCUCACUAUUGUGGCAAUGAGCAUGGACGCUGGAGUUGGUGUGAUGGGAACCAAACUUGGCAUGAUGAGUUACUUUGAGCCUGAUGGGACGGUUGUGCCCGUCACAGUCGUUGGCUUUCGAGAAGGAAACAUUGUGACCCAAAUCAAGACUCAGGCCACUGAUGGGUAUGAUGCUGUUCAGGUGGGUUAUCGGAGGGUUAGGGAUAAAAAGCUGACAAAGCCUGAGUUGGGCCAUUUGGAGAAGGCAGGGAUUAUACCUAUGAGGCAUUUGCAGGAGUUUAGGUUGCAAAAUAUUGAUGGGUUUGAGGUUGGGCAGAAGUUGGUUCUCGAGGAGUUUUUUAAGGAAGGGGAUCUUGUUGAUGUCUCUGGAAUAACCAUUGGCAAAGGCUUUCAAGGUGGAAUUAAGCGGCACAAUUUCAAAAGGGGACAAAUGACCCAUGGUUCCAAGAGUCAUAGAGCACUGGGAUCCAUUGGUGCUGGAACAACACCUGGCCGAGUAUACAAGGGUAAGAAGAUGCCUGGUAGGAUGGGUGGAACCAAAACAAAGAUCAGAAAGCUCAAGAUUGUUAAAAUUGAUAAUGAUCUUCGUGCUGUAAUGAUCAAAGGUGCUCUCCCUGGUAAGCCAGGAAAUCUUCUACGGAUAGCACCAGCUAAGAUUGUUGGGAAAAACAUACCAAAGAACUAGCUCCAAUUUAAUUGUUUUGUUUUUUGGUUGUAGUAAUUUUUUUACCAACGCCUCAAAAUUCUGUGUAACUUUUCAAAAUAGUGAUCUUGGAUGUUUGCCUUUGAAUGCUUCAA